UUUCAGUAGCCUACUUUACUUCCUUUUAUGAGGGAUUUUCCUCUAGAUCAGCAAAGCUUGCCCUCCCACGUGACCGUAUCUUAGCAACGUGAUGCGUGGGUAAUUAGACUGAAUAGGUAAAGAACAACUUCAUCGUAUAUAUGUGCGAGACAUUCGUAUUUGUAAGAUUACAAACAAGUAUUAUUAAAAAUCAAGAGCAUAGUAGCACAGGUAAUUUUCUACGGCACUAGAAAGACUAAAUUAGCCUGGCUAACCGACACGCGCAGAGAUUCUAGCAGUUUAAUCUGUAACAUCGUGAUUCUGGUUGUGAUCAAAUUCUCCAGCUUUCCUCCUACAAGUCACAACGAGCAAUGUCAACGGCAAACGAGACGUCUGAUAAGACAGAUGCAGAAACUGAAGGCGCGAGGGAGCAGAAAAGCACAGUAGAUAAUCAUAUGAAGAAAGAAUUAGAUGAUGAAGAUGAAGGAGUACGAGAAGCUGGGAAAGAAGGAAGUGAACUGUCCAGUCUUAGAGAGAAUGUUGAGGAUUCACAAGUUUACACAGCCACAUCAUUGUCUGUCAUUCCCAAGGAGACCAGAACCAAAACUCACCCACUGCUCCUUGACUGGGCUUAUGGGAUCAACCAAACCCUACCUGUUUUCAGCCUGCAGGAUGAAGAUAAGCUUGUCAUCUUGUAUAUUUGUGCUCAUGUUGCUGUUAUGUUUGAUCACACUUCUAAUGCUCAGCAUCUGUUGCAAGGCCACUGCAGUCCAAUCACAUGUUUGUGUGCUAGUGAAGACAGGCGUUGGCUUGUGACAGCUGACAUGGGCCGAGAGAGUCUUGUUAUCAUAUGGGAUGCUUAUACAGGGAUUCCUGUGCGGACAUUGUUUGACUGUCAUCCAGAGGGUGGAGUUUCUGCCUUGGCACUAUCAAAGGAUUCAAAAUAUCUGGUGACUGUUGGAGCUGGAGCAGUACAGCGAGUGUGUAUUUGGGACUGGACAGAUGAAAGCGACAGUCCACAAUGUCAAGUGGACCUCAGCCCAAAAUAUGGUUGCCAGAAUCAAAUACUUUUCAAUCCCUCUGACAGCACACAGUUGGUUAGCAACAGUAGCACUCAGGUUCUCUUCUACAACUGGGAAAGAGGACAUCUGGAAUACUCGGCUCCUGAAAUUACUGACAAGGUUGGCAGAACAACCUUUCAUCAGGUUAAAUUUGUGUGUGCUGCUGUGAAGGUUUCUUCUCUGCUUUUGGCAUUGACCUUUGGCAAAUCUGUUCCCAUUCAGACAUUCAAUAUGGUGCUAGGUACCCUGAGCCAGUCCAUCUUCCACUACGACAGUGUGCAGGCUCUUACAGCCACCUCAGCUGGGAACAUAGUUCUCUGGGACAAGCAGACCGAGUCUGUCUCUUGUCAGCCCAUAGUGAGGAAAGCCGUAAAACUUGUGCCUCUCCAGAAGGAAGCGAUCACUGUAUUAACUCUGAUUGACAGUUUCGUAGUAACAGGCGACGUGAAUGGCCACAUCAAAUUCUAUGAUGGAAAUCUCAAGCUCAUCAACUUGUACAAUGAGUUUAGCUUGGAUCCCAUCAGAUCCAUCUCCUUUUCCAAAGAAAAACCUUCCACUAGCGGCCUGGGAUAUCCAAAAGACUGCACACUUGAUGCCAAACCAUUUGUCAUGAGAAAUGUUGUUCUUUCUACUACUUGUGCAACUGUAGUACAUUUAAAUGCACAGAGAAAUGUUCUACAGACCCUUCUGAAGGAACAUGCAGAACCUCUGGAAGCAGUUGCCUGCCAUCCCAAACAACCACUAGUAGCUAUGGGAAGCCACAGCGGCACAAUCAAGGUUUGGGAUUAUGAGCGUAAAGAGGCAGUCUGCAGCAGGGUCUUCCGGCCGCACAAACAGAUCCAGUGUAUUACCUACGAUCCACAAGGUUUUUACUUGGCAGUGGGCUUUGCCAGUGGGGCUUUGCAGAUUGUUGAUGCCUGUACACUUCAAAGUGACGGUAAAGAGUGUUUGCAGUACAGUCAGGACAGCAUUACCCAUCUCACCUUCUCUCAGGACUCAUGCUACCUGGCUGCUGCGGACACUGGGAAAAGUGUGACGUUGCUCCAACGGUGUAAAGAGGGGACCCAGGAGAUUUGGAAGUACCAGGGCAGGCACCACUCACAUUAUAAACCCAUUCAGGACCUGCUGUUUGGAGUGGAUUUAGACAGCAAUCAGCCUCGCCUGCUCUCUCUUGGCAUGGAUCGCAGGCUGGUGGAGUUUGAUCUGCAGAACAGUGGUGAAAAUGAGUUGUUGAUUUUGAGUUCUGAUCGGAUUGAACAGAGUGCUGUGCCCACCUGCAUGGUGUGGUAUCCUCCUUUGACGCCUGAAAACUUCCUCCUUACAGCCUCCAACCUGUAUAAGAUGAAGCUCUUCAAUGCUACCUCCAAAAUGUGCAGAAAAACACUCUUUGGGCCCUCUUAUGGUUCUCCAGUGAAAAAGAUGGCCAUUCUACCUGCAUCUAAGGCUGGCGACCCUAAUUCUCGUUACAUGGCAUAUAUAACACAAGAUAAGGUUGGCAUUCAGAUUCUGCCUCUGGAUGGAAACCCUCACAAGUCCUUUGCAAUGAUCUGUCACUCAACAGGCGUCUCAACUCUGGCUUGCUCUUAUGAUGGUAGAUAUGCUUUCACUACUGGAGGACAAGACUGCACUGUCUUUUCAUGGGAGCUCAAUUUGUCAUCAUUGGAGGCAUCAGCUGCUCUCGGAGGGAAAGACAUGCUGCCCUUCUACAAUCUUCUGGAGGGAGGGAGAGAUGGACAGCUCUUCAGGGAAAUGGAGGAAUAUUUUUACUAUUGUCAACUACAGAAUCAGGACCUCAACACCAUGGAAACACGGCUUGUGUCCACGCACAUCCCUCUAGCUGAUGUGCCCUUCUUAAUGAGAGCGCUUGGCUUCUAUCCAACAGAGCAAGAGCUGGAAGACAUGCAAAAUGAGGUGAAGUUCAGCCGCUAUGCUGAGACCAGAAAUUAUGUGACGGACAUCGAUUUGGAGGAGUUCAUUAAGCUGUAUAUCAACCACAGACCUGCCUCUGGCAUUUCCAGACAGGAGCUGUGCAAUGCCUUCCAGGUGCUCGGAAAGGCAGAUGAGGAGGGCAGGUAUACUAUUGACAGAGACGAACUGCUGGAGUUACUGCAGGCUAGAGGUGAACAUAUGACAGAGGAUGACUUGGCUGAAUGCUUUACAACUCUUUUAGGUUUUAGUGCAGAGGGAAGCAGUUGCACAGAGUCUCUGUUGGAAAGUGUGCUACCCCCUAAAAUUACCAUGGGGACAUUUGCCACAGAUGUCUUGGGGUUUUCUGCAGCCACACAGGAAUUUUAUCAAGAACACAGCCAUGAUCUAUAAUAUAUUAAGUGUCCACAACCAUUCUGAAACGUACAAUCUAUCCAAUUAAAGAAUUGUUUGAUUUGUAUCUCAUUAAGUUGAAUAGUCCUUUUGUGAUUAUUAAGCUAUUGUUUCGGUGUAUUUUCAUUUGAGUUUAAUACUUUUCUGAUACGCAGAGAGAGAGAGAUAAAAUACGGAAAUAAACGUUGUUUGACAAUA